AUGCACAAUUCAUCAACCAAAAUGACGACAACAACUCAACUUGGAACUCAAGGUUUUAAGGUUUCAAAAUUGGGAUUCGGUUGUAUGGGACUCACUGGAGCCUACAAUGAUCUUCUUUCUGAACAAGAUGCUAUUUCCGUUAUUCACUAUGCAUUCACUCAAGGUAUCACUUUUUUUGACACUGCUGAUCUUUAUGGAGUCGAUAGCUCCAAUGAAAUUUUGCUUGGAAAGGCUUUGAAGCAAUUACCUAGAGAAAACAUCCAGCUGGCUACAAAAUUUGGUAUAUUUAAAGGAGAUGCUCCUGGUUUCACCGAUGUUAGCGUCAAGGGUUCGCCAGAGUAUGUCCGCUCGUGUUGCGAAGCUAGCUUGAAACGUCUCGGUGUUGAAUACAUUGAUCUCUAUUAUCAACACCGAGUCGAUACAUCCAUGCCUAUAGAGGAUACGGUAGGUGAACUUAAGAAACUGGUGGAAGAGGGAAAAGUGAGGUACAUUGGCCUAUCUGAAGCCAGCCCAGAUACAAUAAGGAGAGCACACGCCGUUCAUCCAGUCACAGCGGUACAAAUAGAGUGGUCUCUAUGGACUCGCGACAUUGAGGAUGAGAUUGUUCCUCUAUGCAGAGAACUUGGUAUUGGAAUCGUACCCUAUAGUCCUCUUGGUCGUGGGUUUUUUGGUGGCAAAGGUGUUCUGGAAAAUGUGCCUGCAGUUAGCAACCUGGCAACUUAUCCUCGCUUCCAAGCAGAGAACUUGGAGAAGAACAAAAACAUUUAUGAUAGGAUUGAAAGUAUUGGCAAGAAACAUGGAUGCACUCCUGCUCAGUUAGCAUUAGCAUGGGUACUCCAUCAAGGCCAGGAUGUUGUGCCUAUUCCUGGAACAACUAAGAUUAAGAAUUUGGAUCAAAACCUUGGUGCCUUAACAGUGAAACUAUCAGAAGAGGAGCUGAGAGAAAUUUCUGCAGCGGUUCCUGUGGAUGAUGUAGCAGGUAGUAGAUACUACAAUGGAUCGGAUAAAUUAUCAUGGAAGUUUGCUAACACACCUCCAAAAGUUUGA